AGCUAGGUCUCCUGCCUGCCACUGGGAAACGCUGGGUAGUCAAGACGUCCUGGAGUUUGGACCUGCUUAGCUGCUGGGUGGUGGCCCAGGGUUCUGGGCGUGCCUGAGGCAGGGCAGGUAACUUUGCUGAGCUGACAUUCCUGCCUGUCGUUCAGCCUCGGAUUCCUCUGCCUCUGUGACAGUGACGCACUUACAAGUGACUCAGUUGGGAAAGGAAAUUGGAGUGGACAGAAGCUGAAAACUGUGUAGACGGGCAGGGAAAGGCACGGUGAUGCCCUCGACCAGGUCCCUGCGGGGACUCCAGCACGUAGUCUGUCCUGCCUGCUCCCGGCCCCUGAAGGAUGCGGUGACCAUAGCAUGCGGCCACUCUGUCUGCCUACCUUGCCUCCCGCACACCCCGAUGGGGGCCCAGCUACUGUGCCCGCUCUGUCAGGAGGAAGAAGAGAAGCAAACCCAGGCCGCAGUGACUCCAGUGCCCCUGGGUGCCCUAGGCGAGACCUGCUGCGAGGAGCACGGAGAGAAAAUCUAUUUCUUCUGCGAGACCGACGCGGAGCUGCUCUGCGUGUUCUGCCGGGAGAGCCCCGCCCACCAGGAGCACACCGUGGGGUUCCUGGACGAAGCCAUUCAACCCUACAGGGAUCGUCUCAGGAGUCGGUUAGAAGCUCUGAGGACGGAGCGGGACAACAUAGAGGACAGGAAAUGCGAGGAAGAUCAGAAGCUCCGAGAGCUCCUGACGCAGAUUGAAGGCAAGAAGCAACAGGUAGAAGCCACGUUUGAAAGGCUGAAGCAGGAGCUUGGGGACCAGCAGCACCUCCUGAUGACCAGGCUGGAGGGGCUAGAACAGCAGAUCUGGAAGGAAAGGGACGAGUACAUCACAAAGGUCUCUCAGGAGGUCUACCGCCUGGGUGCCCAGGUUGAGGAGCUGGAGGAGAAGUGUCAGCAACCAGCAAGUGAGCUUCUGCAAGAUGUCAGACUCAACCAGAGCAGGUAUGAGACAAAGACUUUUGUGAGUCCAGAGGCCAUUUCCUCUGAUCUUGCUAAGAAGAUCCGAAACCUCCACAGGAAAAUACUUGGCCUCCCAAAGAUGAUGAGGACAUUCUCAGAAAACUUGAUGCACCAUUUGGAAACAGAUUCAGGUAAUCAGCAAGGGCUGGGGAGGGGGCUCUACCCCACUUAUCCAUUGCACCCACGACCACACACAGCAAUAAAAUGUGCUCACUGGACCCUGACUGCUGGGGUCUCGGGACUAUUAAGCGUUUUCUCUCCACCAUAA